AAGAUGUCAACUUAUGAAGUAGAUGGAAAGAAAAUCACAGUCACAGCUGAUUGUGUUGGAUGUAGUGCUUGUGUUGAUGGAUGUCCAGCUGGAGUCCUUGAAUUAAAGGAUGGAGUUUGUACUGCCCCAAGAGUUGCUGAUUGUGUCCAAUGUCAUGCAUGUGAAGGAAACUGUGGUUGUGGUGCUAUUCAAGUUGAAUAAGUUAUAAUUCAGUCUUUUUGCUUUUAAUUAUUUUCAAUGUUUAAAAAAUGAAAAAUAGAAUUAUGGGAAUAAAGAAUGAAUGAGUUGAACAUUAAUUGUUUGUUAAAAUAAAAAUUUUAAUAAAAUGAAAUGAAACAAAAAAAUAGUUUUUCUUUAGAACUUAAAAAAUUAAAAUGAGUUUAGAGUGCAGUGGUUGUCAUAAAUUAUUUAAAGAACUUAAUAGUGGACUUAAAGGAACAAAUUGGUGUGAUGAAUGUUUUAAUUAUAAACAAUGUGCAAAAUGUGGAAAUCCUAUUACAAGAAAUAUGGUAAUUGUUAAAACUUUUGAAGGAAAGGAUUAUCAUGCUGAGUGUUUUAAAUGUGUUUCAUGUAAAUCAAGAAUUAAGAAAGAGCCUAUUGUAUAUGAUGGUAAAUUUUAUUGUCAAGAAUGUGGUGAGCCAUGUGGUGGAUGUGGAAAACCAAUUGGAAUGUCAUUUUUAGAAGUAUUUGGAAAGAAAUGGCAUGAAGGUUGUGUUAAAUGUGUUAAGUGUCAUAGACAAAUUGGAGAUGAACAAUUUUAUGAAGAAGAUGGACAACCAAUUUGUGCCGUUUGUGUUGAUUAUGACAAUUAAUCUUCAUUCUAAAUAACACUUUUUAUUAUUUUAUGUUUUAAAUGACAAAUAAAAAUUACGAAAUAACAAAAUUUUAAAAGAACUGCAAAUCAAAUGAAUUUAUUGUUGAACCCUCUUAUAGAAGUUCGAAUCUUUGUUGAUUCAUCAUAAUGGAAAUAAAAGUUCAUUGAAUUUCAAUUAGUUCAAGAAGAAGUUCAACAAAAAUUACAGAGAAGAAACUCCAAAAAGACGAAAAAAGAGACUUUGGCAGUCAUGAAAAUUCCUUCAUUGUUAUUAGAAAAUUCUCUGAAACAAAUAUGAAACUAGAAUGGGAACGAAGUGGGUUGUAAAUCAAAUAAGUAUUAGUGAGUUAGUACUACUGAUUCAUCAUAUGAAAUUCAAUUGUUAAUUUAAUUGAUUUGAAUUAUUUU